AUGAACAUCGUUGUACCUUAUGGUCAGCACUCUGAUCUCAUGCAACUGCCAUCCGCGACGACUCCUGCGCGGCGGCCUCAGCAGGGUGCCCACGCUCCUUCUCCCGCUCCAGAGCGCUUGCAUACUCCCGUGGUAACCCCCAAGGAAGACUCACCUAGACCCGCCGUUCGCCGGUCUCGCACCAAGCGCAAAGCGACUCCCAUUCUUGUUUUUGACGAUCCCAAUGACGAGGACUACGAAGAAAGCCCCAAGAAGAAACCGCGCAAGACGUACAUCUACGACAGCGAGGGCGCGAUAGAUGCUGAAAUCGGAUCAAGCUCGUCGGAAGACGUCAAGCUGGCUCCGGAGCGGAAGCACCAAAGGAAGCUGAAGUACACGAAGGUCUCCCGCAAGUCUCCAUCCAAUACUCCUGCUCCCAGAAAGUGUGGCACAUCCGACGCGAGACGCAAGUCCGAGCAGGCAAGCAAUCUCCUCAAGCGCAAGGGCAAAGGCCGUCCCAUUCCAAAACACGUCGAGGACUGCGACGAAGCGGACCUUAUGAUGUGGCAGUGGAAGCAGAAUGGAAGAUCUUGGAAAGAGAUUCGUGCCGAGCACAUCCGCAUCGUUGGCGUGGAGCCUGGGAGAAGCAGCUUGUCUGUCCGUUUGGCCAAGAUGGAGGACAAUUUCAUUGACAACGGCUGUGCAAACGAUCUCAUGCUCCUCAAAUACAAGGAACAAGUCGAGAACGAGCUCGAAGUGCUCAAGUGGCAGAAGAUCUCAGCUAAGAUGAAGAAGGAGGCGGCCGUCGACAUGAGUGCUGAAGCCAUCCGCAAGCGCUACCAGCUGCUCAAGGAAAGUGGCUGGAGGGUCGGCUCCAAGUUGCUCGACAAAGACGGGCAUAAAGCCGAGGCAGAGGAUGAGAGCAAGCAUUCACUGGCCGACUCUAACGAACAUCCUCGUGGAAUCGGCCCCGAUGGCGAGGGUGUGUCGGUGGAUGAAAAGCCGCACCGCACAAGCCUGGUCGACUACAGCAGUGACGAAGACAAUGGCUACGGUGGUUGA